GCGCGGGGCCGGGGCCGGGGGGAGGCGGGCCGCCGCCAGCCGAGAGCGACCGGAGGCCAUUCCCGCGGGGCCCGGGGGCACGUCCCCGCUCCUCCCCUCGUCCCGCCCGCCGCGCUCCGAGCUCGGGCCUGAGCAGAGGGGCCCUCGGGACGCGCGCCACAGCCCCGGCCGCCCGGAGCGGGGGCCGCCGCUCGCCGCCCGCCUUCCAGGGACGCGAACCCGAGCGGGGGGAGGGGAGGAGACUGGCCGAAGUGUUUUCUCGCUGUUGGUUUUGCUUUGCUUCGUUUCUAGGGCUGACUCCACCUGCCUCUAAGUGGGGGCUUCUCAAAUUCUGGCGCGCGUCAGCGUCAUCUGGCGGGGGUGUGCGAGCUCACGGCUGGGCCCUACCCUAGGGCUUCGGAGUCAGUAGGCCCGGGAUGGGCCCCAAAGUAUUUCUAGCAAGAACGUGCUGAUGCCGGGUCCCCUUGCUGGGAUCUUUCGGGCCCGCCCGUGCCCUGUGUGGAAUGCCGUGGCGGCGUCUCAACUUGGGGACUUACAAGAGGCCCCAGAUACACCUGGUUUGUCAAGAUGGAACAACAUCAAGAUUUGGGGAAGAAGAUGGAACAACAUCAAGAUUUGGGGAAGAAGGCGGGAACUCCCUGGCGGUCCAGUGGUUAGGACUCCGCGCUUUCCCUGCGGAGGCGGCCGGCCCCCUCAUCCAGAAGAGCUCCUGUCUCAUCCGACCCUAGGAGGGGUUCAGGAAUGAGCAAGUGACCCAGCCAGUAAGACGCGAGGGGGACGUCCGAGAGGAAGCUUCCAUCCUUUUGCCAAGAGGAGGUGCGACGGUGCUAUAGCGCCCACGACAGCCGAGGCCACCUUGCCAACCUUCAGAGAUGUCUUGUGCGCAGCCCUGAUGGAGGAGUCGUAGCCUGCUGUGACACCACUGUGCACAUCUACGUAUGCUCCAGACCCCUCACCUGACAUCAUGUGACUCCAUCGGCUUUCACACCCUCCUGUCUCGUCCCCUUCAGAUGACAUUUUCUGCAGAGCUCCCCUAGGAACCCCCUGGGCUGAUGUGAGCCAAGGCAGCAGGGCCCCAGGCCUGCCUGAGAAAGGGCAGUUCUACCUGGUUUACACACUGGGCUUCGCCAAGCUUUGGUUUGAGCAAAGCAUUCCACGGCAGAACCACAAAUGUCACCAUCACCAUCCUCACCGUCAUAUAAAAACCAGCACUCUCGAGGACGCUCUUCCCUUGAAAGUACUGGUGCUCUCCUCGUUGCCUGGAGCGUCCUGCCACCUCCACUUACUGAACUUGCCUGGUCUUUAAGGCAGUUUCCAGAUUUUUGCCUCCUUUGGGACGUUUUUCUGGAACAGCCCAGUUAGUAAUGAUGACUUCUGCUCAGAGGCAGAUUUAUGGUGAAACUACGGACACGGCAUCUCUGUGCUGGAGAUCAACGAGAGGAAUAAACUUAAGGUCUUCUCAGGGCUUUUCUGAGCCUGCACCCUUCCUAAGAACCCUGCCGUCUCCAUGACAACAAGCCCAUGUUAGCCUGCUGGAGGAUGAGAUACUUCAGGGAGUAGAACCAAGGUGCCCAGUCGACAGCCAGCUCCUCCCCAGAAGCAGAGCCCCCUAAUCAACCUGCAGCUGACCACACAUGCAUGAAGGAGCCCAGCUGAGACCAGAAGAAUUGUCUAGCUGAGCCCAGCCUGAGCUAGACACAAACUUCCUUAACAAUUUGGGAAGGAGCAACCUGGGGCCUAGAGGAAGGAUUCUGGCAAGAGAACUAAUUUAAGGUAGGGCACCUUUCAGGUACCCAUCAGCGAGCUUCUGCCUGGGCUCCCCAGAAGCCUAGGCCCGCCCCCAGCACUAGCCCCGCCCCUACCCGGGACCACCUCAACACGUGCGGCCUGCCUGCACUGCGCAUGCCCGCGGGGAAGGGGCGGGGCGAGUCGAACCCCGGCAGGGCCUGCGUGGAGAAGACCAUGGCCGUGCUGUGUCGGCUGCGAGAGGUGCCCCGGCACUUGCUGGUCUGCGAAAAGUCCAACUUCGGCCACGACAAGUCGCGCCACCGGCACCUCGUGGAGACGCACUAUCACAACUACAGGGUUUCAUUUCUGAUUCCUGAAUGUGGGAUACUAUCAAAAGAACUGAAAGACCUGGUCAUGGACUCUGGACCCUAUUACUUUGUGAAGGAUUUACCUCUUCAUGAGUUAAUCGCACACGAAUUCAUCAAUACUUUUGUCAAGAAAGGUGCGUGCUACGCACUAACGUACAACACAAAUAUUGACGAGGAUAAUACUGUGGCCUUGCUACCAAACGGGAAACUAAUUUUAUCACUGGAUAAAGACACUUAUGAAGAAACUGGACUUCAAGGUCGUCCAUCUCAGUAUUCUGGCAGGAAAACCAUGAAAUUUAUUGUUUCCAUUGAUUUGAUGGAUUUAUCCUCUAAACUGGACUCUAAGAAGUAUGAAAGAAUAUCUUGGGCUUUCAAAGAAAAGAAACCAUUGAAAUUUGAUUUUCUUUUGGCGUGGCAUCAAACAGGUGCAGAAGGAUCAGCGAUGAUGUCAUACUUUUCCAGUUACCGGAUUCAGGAGCAUCAGCCAAAAAUAGUGCUGAGCACGAUGACAGACGUGCAGUGCCCAGUGCUGCAGAGCGGCGAGCUCAGGGGCCAGCCGGGGGCGGCCUGCAGCGCCCAGGAGCUCUUCGAGUGGCUGGGCGCCGUCUUCAGCAACGCCACGCUAAAUAAUGAGCCUGAUAAUUUCAUAUCAACCUACUGCUGUCCUCAGCCAAGCACAGUGGUGGCGAAAGCUUACUUGUGUACAAUCACUGGUUUCAUCCUUCCAGAGAAGAUACGUCUCCUGUUGGAACAGCUGUGUCGCUACUUUGAUGAACCAAAGUUGGCCCCGUGGGUGACGUUGUCGGUUCAAGGCUUUGCAGACAGCCCUGUUUCCUGGAGAGAGAACGAACACGGUUUCCGAAAAGGAGGAGAACAUCUGUACAACUUUGUGGUUUUUAGCAAUCGGGACUAUUGGCUUCAGUUGGCUGUUGGGGCAAAUGAUGACUGUCCACCUUAACGAGCACAGCGUUUAAAGUCACGUUUGUUUAUGUUUAUGCUCGUUUUCCGUAUUUCUCCGCAGUAUAAGGACUGUGUGUUCACUCAGACUUGGGUGAUGAUGACAUUUCUCAGAUCAGCAUCCGUUAGCAUCUGCUCUGGACUCGGGCCCGUCCUGUGACAGCUUGCUGUCCGGUGGAAGCUCAUAGUUGAUUUCUCCCUGUCACUGUGAGCCCAGGGUGUGGGCUACUGCGUGGUAACUUGGGCCACGAUGGCCAGGGACCGGUGGUUGUGGGACCACUGGGUAAGAUGUGUGCUGUGAUUGUGAGUUUUUCACAUCAUAAUAACAAGAAAUCCUUAACAUCAUACUUACCAGAGCCAGUUCCUGCAUUAGUGCUGUUCAUCUAUUACCUCAUUUAACUCUCACAUCAGUCCUGUGAGGGAACAGAGUGUACAUAAGCUACUGAAGUCACCUGCUUGUGGAUUCACGACUUGAUCUCAGAUCAGCUGGUUCCUGAGUGUGUGCUCACUCUCCUGCUUCUGGGUCAGGAGGAAUAUUUGGAGACUGUACAUUCAUAAAGAACAAGUUGAAUUUUGCAGUAACCUAUAAGCGAAAAGAAUCUGAAAAACAUA